UUCGUUGAAAAUAAGAAUUACCCAUUCCACUUUUGUGACGAAUCUAUGUAAUUUCAGAUAAAACCGAUCCCUUUGCCUGAUGGCGAAAUCGCCUCCGAAUCCAACCCACAACGCUUCUAUGUACCUCAGGGCGACGCCGAAGAAAAUUCUCCACCUGCAGCGGGCCCCCCUCUCAAGACGUCUACAUCAAAACCGCUACGUACUAGUAAAUGUAGGAUUGGGAUUAGCAGUCCACCUAGGGAGGGGCCUAAAGUGACACUCGACAAGGGAAGCGGAACUGGAAGCAUUUGCGACGUCUGUGGAGGAAAUGGAAAUGCUAAUGAUUCUGUUAGUGCCGUCAAUUCAAAGGGUUCCCUACACUAUGUGGGAGGUAACAUUCAGGCAUAAGACCGUAAGACGGGUGCUCUUGUCGCUCGGCAUCAACAAAACUUCUGGUCCGGCCUUGAUUCCUGGCAUUGUACUGAAGAGGUGUGCAGCGGAGCUUGCUCCAGUUCUUUCGUGUCUCUUCCAGAUGUCUUAUGAAUCCGGCACGUUCCCAGAAAACUGGAAAUUUGCUCAUGUCCAACCGAACCCAAAAAACGGAUCUAAGACCGACCCUUACAACAGCAGGCCUAUAGCUCUGCUUUCUGUUAUAAGUAAGGUGAUGGAGAGGUGCAUAAAUCGCGAGCUCCUGGACUACCUCGAACAAAAGCUUUGCAGAUGGGUGUCUGACUUUAUCUCUGGCCGCAAGAUAUCGGUCUUAAUUGACAUGUUCUCCUCUUCAUCCCAAAACGUCAACGCGGGUGUUCCCCAGGGAUCGGUCUUGGCUCCGACACUGUUCCUCUUACAUAUCAACGACCUCCUUUCCUGCACGAUCAACCCAAUCCACAGCUUCGCUGAUGACAGCACUCUACAUGCAGGAAUUCAGAGUGACACGCCGAUCUCUGCUGCUGAGUUGGAAAACAGAAGACUAGCGACGACUUCCUCUCUGACAAGAGACCUGGAGACGAUCACUGCUUGGGGACGCAACAAUCUUGUACAGUUUGAUGCUUCCAAAACACAGUACUGUUCUUUGACGAACAAGAAGCAGCCUAGCGCUCAUCCGAUUUCGAUGGAUGGCCGAGUUAUGCCAAAGAGCCAUACAUUCCGGCUGGUCGGAGUCCAGAUCACCGAAGACCUGAUCUGGCACGAACACAUCUCGUCAAUAGCGGCAGCUGCUGGGAAAAAUCUAGGCUAUUUGUUUAGGGCUAAGAAGUACUUUUCUCCGCAUGACCUUCUCACUCUAUACAAGGCCCAGAUAAGGCCUAGCCUCGAGUAUUGCUCACAGGUUUGGGGUGCUGCCGCCCCAACUACAUUAUUUAUGCUCGAUGCUGUCCAGAGAAGGGCGAUCCGACUGAUCGAUGACUCUUCUCUAACAGACAGUUUCGGAACUCUUUCACACCGGCGGGGCGUCGGCGAUCUAGCUCUUUUCUACCGCUACACCAACGGGCUUUGCUCUUCAGAGCUCUCUUCCAUGAUGCCGUCGCGCGAUGUGCCUGCCAGACAGACCCGCCUGACUUUGGCGUCCCAUCCUAACCGUGUCGAACUUCGUACAUCCAGAAGUGGCCGAUACAACCGCUCCUUUGUCCCUAGGGUGUUGAGAUUGUGGAACAGUUUACAAGAGGAAGCUUUUCCCAGUUCUACUAACUGA